AUUUAUAUAGCAGCAAUUCGCAAAGGCUUUAGAAUUGAGAACCCUAAACCUCCGAAAAACCCAUUCUUUCCAAUCACUGCACCAAUGGCAUCGUCACUGAUUCUCUUCCGCCGCUGUAUGAGACCACUCUCCGACCUCCACCAUUCAUUCUCAGCAACUUUCACCUCACUUUCAGUCCCAAUCACCCACUCGAUUUCAUCAUCACCUUCACGCGUUGAAUCGCCCAAUUUCACCGUUCAAUCCCGUUCAUUCAGGUCGACAUCGAUUUCUCUUCUGUCUUCUCGUUAUGAAGAUAGAAACAUCACCGUCGAUAAUAUUGGUUCUGAUACGAUCCUCUUCGAGGGUUGCGAUUACAAUCACUGGCUCUUCGUCAUGGAUUUUGGCAGAGAUAACAAGCCUCCACCUGAAGAAAUGAUUCGUGUCUAUGAAGAAACUUGUGCUAAGGGUCUCAAUAUCAGUUUGGAAGAGGCAAAGAAGAAGAUUUAUGCUUGCAGCACAACCACUUACACUGGAUUUCAAGCUGUUAUGACUGAAGAAGAGUCCAAGAAAUUUGAAAAUCUUCCUGAAGUUAUCUUUGUGCUACCAGAUUCCUACAUUGAUCCUGUGAACAAGCAGUAUGGAGGAGAUCAGUACAUUGAUGGAACAAUCAUCCCUCGACCUCCACCGGUACAUUACGGGAGAAAUCAACAACAAGGAGGAAGACGAUACCUCAAUCAGCAAAAUAAUCCAAUGCCAAACAAUCAAGGGAGUCCCUCUUGCAACAAUCGGGGUCCCGUGCCAAGGGAAGGAAGAAACUACGGACCGUCACAAAAUUAUCCACCCCAACAGAACUCUGGCUAUGGCCCACCACCGCAGAGUCCUCCACAACAGUCAUCAAAUAUGAGGUUUGAUUCAGCAUCGCUGCAUUAUCCACCCAAACAGAGCCACAAUCAAGCACCACAAGGUUAUCCACCCAAACCCAACUAUGGUCAACCUUCACAAAAUUAUUCACCCCCACAGAACAUCAACCAAGCACCUCAUAGUUAUCCCCAACAACAAACCUAUGGUCCUGCUUCACCACAGCAGAGCUUUGGGCCACCAGGACAAGGAGAAAGAACAAAUUAUGCGCCGCCGCAGAACUUUGGACCGCCAGGACAAGGAGAAAGAAGAAAUUAUGUUCCUCAGCAGAACUUUGGACCUCCAGGACAGGGAGAAAGAAAUUAUGUGCCACAGCAGAACUUUGGUCCGUCAAGACAAGGAGAAAGAAGAGAUCCUGUGCCUAGUGAAGGUGGAUGGGAUUUCAAACCAUCAUAUAUGGAAGAAUUUGAACAAGUUGAGAAGGAAAAAUCUACUGGAGAGGGAAGAUAUUGAUAGUAGUCUAAGACUGGCUGGGGCGGCCUGUAUUGAAGUUACUAAAUUGCAUGUCAUUGCCGUUGCCGAUGGAGUAAAAAAUAUAAUCUAUUUGAGUUAUCAUUGUAUAUCUGUCCAUGUUUUGAUUUCUUUACAAAGGUUGAUGUGGUAUGAAGGAUUUUACUAGCUGCCGCCUGGUUUUGAUAAACAUGUUUGAACUGGGACAUGUAUGUGACAGCAUGUUUAUCUCUCUAUCUCUCAUUUUUUUAUCCUUUGCAAAUGACACUGUAUUUGACAACAAUUUUUUUGUUGUCCAAAUGUUAUUUUAACUUCAUUCAAUUUUCCCUGCA